AUGGGGGAGAAUGAGAGCGCUACAGAGAAGGAGAAAGAGCUCUCCCUGGAGAUUCAGAGGAUCAAACAGGAAGUCGCUUCUAACACCACUCAAUGGGAGAGGCUGCAAAAGGAGAAGGCGGAGCUGGAGGUGGGGUUUGAGCGGGAGCUCACGGAGCUGCAGCUGCAGCAGGAGGAGGAGCUAGCGGCGGUGGAGGCGGAGCUAAGGGUCUGUCACUCAAAGGAGACGGAACACCUGAGGGCGGAGCAUCAGGAAGAGGUGGAGGAGAUCAGGACCCAGCAGCAGGAGCAGGUGACGGACUACCUAAGGAAGGCUCAUGAGCAGCAGAAGGUAACCCUGGAAGAAGACUUUGAGAAGCUCAGACUCUCUCUGCAGGAUCAGGUGGACACCCUGUUGUUCCAGAAGAGUAGCCUGAGGGACAAAGCCAAGCGCUUCGAAGAGGCACUGAGAAGAAGCACCGACGAACACAUAGUGGAUACCCUAGCCCCAUACCAGCACAUUGAGGAAGAUUUGAAGAGCUUGAAGGAUGUUGUGGAGAUGAAGAACAACCAGAUUCACCAACAGGAGAAGAAGAUCUCUGACCUGGAGAGAGUGGCCCAGAAGAACGUUGUGUUAGAGGAACGGAUGCAGGUGCUACAGCAGCAGAACGAAGACCUGAUGGCCCGUAUAGACAAUAACCUAGCCCUGUCCAGGCAACUCUCAGAGGAGAACGCUAACCUGCAGGAGAAUGUAGAGAAGGAGAACGGAGAGAAGAAACGACUGAGCCGUAACAAUGAGGAGCUCCUCUGGCGUCUACAGACCUCACCUCUCUGCUCCCCUUUCACAGAGAGAAUCAGAAUCAGUCUCCAGGGCCGGCCACGCCCACUCACAGAGGAUUCUCCAAUCAGAAUCAGUCUCCAGGACCGGCCACGCCUACUCACAGAGGAUUCUCCAAUCAGAAUCAGUCUCCAGGACCGGCAACACCUGCUCACAGAGGAUUCUCCAAUCAGAAUCAGUCUCCAGGACCGGCAACGCCUACUCACCGAGUGUCACCCAAUCACUGUCACUCGCCUGCUCGGCUCAACCCCCUCAUGA